GUUGCUUAUCGCAUAUCGUAAAACGAUAACGCUUUCAUACUGUAAUGUAAUAUAUUGUGUAGUGAAAUACGGAAAUAAAAAGAAACUAUGUUUAGUGUCUUGCUAUGUAUUGAAUUUGUACUUAUUGAAUGCUUUAUAAAAAAGAAAAUAAUUCAAUGAUGUUGCCAUCAUUUCAUACACCUAUGUAAAGAUAUUUAUUACUACAUAUAAAGAAGAAAUGAAAGUAGAUCUGAAGUAAACGGAUAUUGCAAUUUCAAAGAAUGUCGGAAAUUAAAAGCGAGUAUUAAGUGUUACGGUGAAAAUUUAUAAAGAAAAAAACAUCAAAUAAAAUUUUAAUACAAAAAGUGAAGCGGGUCGCUUUUUAAAGGAGCGUUUGUGGAAAUGAAUUUUAUUCUUAGUGUGCUGCUAUUAGCAACGCUGGGAGAUAAAAAUGACUUUUGGCUGCAAUCAAGAAAAGGAUGUCAGAUAUUGGCAGCAAAUAUUCGGUCUGAUGAUACGGCUUUUACAAAUAUACCCCUUAAUUCGACUGAUGCAAAUUCCAAGAUGAAGGAUUCACAGAACCUAAGUACAACCAUCACAAAUUUGGCUACCUUUGACACAAAACUAAAUCACCUGUUAGUGGACACCAUUACAGGAAGAGUGUUUGUUGGUGGUGUUAACAGGUUGUAUCAGCUGUCUCCUGAUUUAGAGCUGUCAGAAACGGUGAAAACGGGACCUCAAAAUGAUUCGGUAGAAUGCAGCAUACUCGACUGCCCCUUGAAUGCAGUUCGCAGUCCGACGGACAAUUACAAUAAGGUUUUGCUCAUAGAUCGUGCUACCUCUCGACUUAUAGCGUGCGGAUCACUAUUCCAAGGGACAUGUACAGUUCGAAAUCUUCAAAAUGUCAGCAUAGUUGAGCAUGAAGUGCCGGAUGCGGUUGUCGCAAAUGAUGCAAAUUCAUCGACAGUCGCAUUUAUAGCGCCGGGACCUCCACAGCACCCAGUGACAAAUGUGAUGUACGUUGGAGUUACUUAUACUAAUAAUUCACCAUACCGAAGUGAAAUUCCCGCAGUAGCUUCACGCUCCCUUGAAAAGACGAAGAUGUUCCAGAUUGCGUCCUCUGCGGUUACAACCGGAACAAGGACUUUUAUUAAUUCGUAUGCCCGAGAAACAUAUUUUGUAAAUUACGUUUAUGGAUUCAGUUCCGAGAGAUUUUCAUACUUUCUUACUACCCAGUUGAAGCACAGUCACCCAUCUUCCACUAAAGAGUAUAUAACGAAGCUUGUGCGAAUAUGCCAAGAAGAUUCAAACUAUUAUUCAUACACGGAAAUUCCAGUCGAAUGUAUUAGUGAUGCUCAAGGCGGUACGAAAUUUAAUUUGGUUCAGGCCGGUUACUUAGGAAAGCCCAGCUCGGACCUGGCUCAAAGCUUGGGUAUAUCCAUUCAGGAUGAUGUUCUUUUUGCCGUUUUUUCAAAGGGUGACGGAAACACACCAACAAACAAUUCUGCACUUUGUAUUUACUCAUUAAAAUCUAUUCGUCGCAAAUUUAUGCAAAACAUAAAGUCCUGCUUUAACGGAAAUGGAAUGAGGGGACUGGAUUUCAUAUCACCCAGCAUGCCAUGUGUUUUAACGAAAUUGCAAACUAUUGGAGAAGAUUUUUGUGGAUUAGAUGUUAAUUCGCCAUUAGGAGGGGAGAAUCCGAUUACUUCAGUGCCGGUGGCUAUGUUUAACACAAAGAUAACUUCAGUCGCUGCAACGAGUACAAGCGGAUAUACUGUUGUGUUUGUGGGCACGACAGAUGGAUACCUCAAAAAAGUUGUAGUUGAGUCUUCAUCUGUUGCCAAUGAGUAUUCUAGUUUUUCUGUGGACUUAGGUUCUGCAAUUAACCAGGACAUGCAGUUUGAUAACCAAAACCUUUACAUGUAUGUCAUGUCCGAAACUAAAGUAGCAAAAGUAAAAGUGUUUGAUUGUUCUGAUUAUAAGACAUGUGGUGAGUGCUUAGGUGCUAGAGAUCCGUAUUGCGGCUGGUGCUCAUUGGAAAACAAAUGUAGCCCACGUUCGAACUGUCAGGAUGACGCAAACGAUCCUCUGUACUGGGUCAGUUAUAAAACUGGAAAAUGUACAACGAUAACAAGUGUUGUGCCCCACCAGCUACAACGUACUACCGCUCGGACUCUAGAACUUAUCAUCGAUCAUUUGCCGCAACUAAAGGAAAAUUUAAUAUGUGCUUUUACCACAGAGGAUAAAGCCCUUUUUACUAAUGCAACAAAGAAACGAAAUGGUGUGAACUGCACUACACCGCGGACAGACAUGCUGCCCCAAAUUGAACAAGGAAAACACCACUUUACAGCCAAACUGUCUGUGCGCACAAGAAACGGCCCUGACUUGGUGUCCACGGAUUUCACCUUUUUUGAUUGCAGUACGCACUCAUCGUGUACACGAUGUGUGUCCUCGGAGUUUCCAUGUGAUUGGUGCGUUGAAGCUCACCGCUGCACUCACGACACUGCCGAAAAUUGUCGCAAUGAUAUUUUGGUCACAGGCGUCAGCCGUAUAGGCCCAAGUUAUAGAUCAGGUCCUGGAUUUUGUCCAACUAUUAACGCUACAGGUGAUGGAAGUGAAGUACUUGUGGCUGGUGGAACAAGCAAAUCUAUAAAAGUUAAGGUUCAUAUAAUAGGGCAGUUUAUAGUCCAAACGAGAUUUGUUUGCCAAUUUAAUAUUGAGGGACGUGUAACGAGUUUAAACGCUCAAUUGUUGGGCGACACCAUUUACUGUGAUAGUAUGGAAUUUCAGUACACCUCAAGAUCGCCCAAUUUGACAGCCACUUUCGCUGUUAUAUGGGGCGGAUCCAAGCCUCUUGAUAAUCCUCAUAAUAUACAUGUUGUUAUUUAUCGGUGUCGAGAAAUGGCCGACAGCUGUGGUAUUUGUUUGGCUUUAGCCGAAAAGUACAAUUGCGGAUGGUGUUCAUCUACUAACACAUGUGAAGUUGAAGAACAGUGCAAUAAGAACAAAGAGGGAAAAACUGAUUGGUUGAAUCGAAGUGAAAUUUGCCCCAACCCUGAAAUACAUACUUUCGAACCCAAAACUGGUCCUUGGGAAGGAGGAACAAACAUAACAAUUCGAGGUAUUAAUUUAGGGAAAAAUUAUAACGACAUUUAUUCAGGAGUUCGAAUAGCUGGUAUAAAUUGUAUGCCAUUUCCACAAUUUUACAUCGAUACAAAACAAAUUGUGUGUACGGUUGAUAGCCCCGGGGAACAAAUGUACAGAAAUGGAAAAAUAGUUGUACAAAUAGGGGACUACCGCGGCGAGUCUAAAGAGGACUACGAAUUUGUUGACCCGAAAAUUUUGGAUUUUAAUCCAAAGUUUGGUCCAACUUCCGGCGGGACUGAGAUACAUAUAACUGGGAAACACUUAAAUGCCGGCUCCCGCAUACAAGCAUCUAUUAAUGAUCAUUUACCUUGCAAAAUUCUAAAAACAGAUUCUUCUGAGGCUAUAUGUCGGACGUCCCCUUCUCCUGGUAUAAUCGAGGGUCGACUAAAAAUGUCGUUUGAUAAUGGUCCUCGAGAAUUUAAUGAUUACAAUUUUAAAUAUGUUCUCGAUCCCACAAUUGAACACGUUAGCUCAGGGCCGAGUGGGCAAAUAAAAGUACCGAAAGGAAUACCAUCCGGCGGAAUUCGUAUUUCGGUAAUUGGUACCCAGUUUACCAGUAUACAAUCUCCCAAUAUCUACGUGAUAUAUAAUGGAAAGAUUUAUGAAAGCCAAUGUCGUGUUCAAUCGGAUACAGAAAUGGAAUGUGCAUCUCCAGUUAUUAAUGUGGAUAGCAAAAAUAUUGAAGCAGAGAAUCCCAUGCUUCUUGAAUAUGGAUUCUUAAUGGAUAAUGUAUUGCGCGUACAAAAUUUAUCAAAGAUUCAUAAAAACCAUUUUGAGCUUUAUCCAAAUCCCGAGUAUUUCAUAUUUGAAGAAAGAGUUAAGUACUUUAAGAGUGAAUAUUUAACAAUAAAUGGUCGGAAUCUAGAUCGCGCCUGCAAAGAGACUGAUGUGGAAGUAAAGAUAGGUAAUGGAUUUUGCAAUAUUACGUCACUUUCAAGACAACAACUCACAUGUAGACCUCCUCCUGAAGCAACAGCAACUAAAAGCCUUAAUGGGCCCGAAGUUAUUGUACGAAUUGGAACAUCGCUGGAGUAUAGAAUUGGUAUUCUCAGCUAUGAAUCGUCUAACAUUAUUUUGGAUUGGGGAGAAAAUGUCUUUUUUGCAGUAAUAGCUACAAUUGUUAUUUUACUUCUGAUUUUUGUUGCUUUGCUGGUAGCUUAUAAAAAAAAAAGUUCUGAAUCGAAUCGGGUACUUCGAAACAUGCAGGAACAGAUGGACAUCUUGGAGUUGCGUGUCGCAGCUGAAUGUAAGGAGGCAUUUGCCGAACUUCAAACAGAGAUGACUGAUCUCACAGGGGAUCUUACGUCGGGAGGAAUCCCAUUUUUAGAUUAUCGUUCAUAUGCAAUGAAGAUUCUUUUUCCCAAUCACGAAGACCAUAUUGUUCUGCAAUGGGAAAGGCCUGAGCUUCUCCGGAAGGAAAAAGGGUUGCGAAUUUUCGGCCAACUUAUUAUGAAUAAAACAUUCUUGCUACUUUUUAUUCGAACGUUAGAGUCGAAUCGUUAUUUCUCAAUGAGAGAACGAGUUAAUGUAGCCUCAUUAAUUAUGGUCACCCUUCAAUCAAAAUUGGAAUAUUGUACAGAUAUUUUAAAAACAUUAUUGGGAGAUUUGAUUGAAAAAUGUAUAGAAGGAAAGAGUCAUCCGAAACUCUUGUUACGCCGAACGGAAAGUGUGGCAGAAAAGAUGUUAAGUGCUUGGUUCACCUUUCUUCUUUACAAGUUUUUGAAAGAGUGUGCUGGAGAGCCUUUAUAUAUGCUUUUUCGCGCGGUGAAAGGACAAGUCGAUAAGGGUCCUGUUGACGCUUGCACACAUGAAGCAAGAUACUCCCUUAGUGAAGAAAAACUUAUACGGCAGUCCAUUGAUUUCAGACCAAUGAACGUUUAUGCAAGUAUCAUACAGCAGCCAAUAUUUUGCAAUAACUUGGAUAUGCUGCCUUCUCACACCGAAAACGUAUCCGUAAAGGUAUUGGACUGCGAUACAAUUGGACAAGUUAAGGAGAAAUGCUUAGAGACAAUUUAUAGAAACAUUCCAUCAAGCCAAAGACCCCGUAAGGACGACUUAGAUUUAGAAUGGCGAACAGGAGCAACGGGCCGAGUAAUUCUGUAUGAUGAGGACGUCACAUCAAAAACCGAGAGCGAAUGGAAGAAACUUAAUACUUUGCAACACUAUAAUGUUCCAGAUGGUGCUGGACUGAGCUUAGUACCAAAGCAAAGUUCGAUUUAUAAUUUUAGCAUUUUAUCGGAUAAAAAUGAAAAAUCUCAUAAGUAUGAAACGCUUAAUAUAUCGAAAUACACAUCGUCCUCUCCGACAUUUAGUCGCGCCGGUAGCCCUCUUAAUAAUGAUUUGCAUGAUAAUGGUCUAAGAUACUGGCACCUUGUGAAACACCAUGAUAGUGAUAUGCAGAAAGAAGGAGAACGGGUUAACAAAUUGGUAUCAGAGAUUUAUUUAACCAGACUAUUGGCUACCAAGGGUACGCUUCAAAAAUUUGUUGACGACCUCUUUGAAACAAUAUUUAGCACCGCACACCGUGGUUCGGCACUGCCAUUAGCUAUAAAGUACAUGUUUGACUUUCUGGACGAUCAAGCUCAGUUGCAUGGCAUAACUGAUCCAGAAGUUGUGCAUACUUGGAAAAGUAACAGCUUACCAUUGCGGUUUUGGGUAAACUUAAUUAAAAAUCCAAAUUUUGUUUUUGACAUACAUAAGUCAAAUAUAGUGGAUUCGUGCUUGUCAGUUGUGGCCCAAACAUUUAUGGACUCUUGUUCAACUUCUGAUCAUCGGCUAGGCAAGGACUCACCAAGCUCGAAACUACUAUACGCUAAAGAUAUACCAGAAUAUCGCAAGUGGGUAGAUCGCUAUUAUAGAGACAUACGCGAUAUGUCACCAAUAUCAGAUCAGGACAUGAAUGCUAUGCUUGCAGAAGAAUCAAGGCUGCACACAACAGAAUUUAAUACAAACUGUGCUCUACAUGAGUUAUAUACAUAUGCUGUAAAGUACAAUGAACAGCUAACAGUUACUCUUGAAGAGGAUGAAUUUUCGCAAAAGCAGAGGUUGGCUUUUAAGUUAGAGCAGGUUCACAACAUAAUGUCGGCAGAAUAAAAUGUCUCUAUCCUACAAGCUGAGAGAGAAAUACAAAAAAUACAAUUUAUGAAAAUCAUUUGUAAAUGUAGUAUUUGCUCAUUUAAUGCUUAAAUAAUAUGGUAUUGUAUGUAUGUACGUAUUUCAAUAAGAAAAAUUAUGUAAGACGUAAUAACCAAGAUAAAAUAUUUUAACUGAUAAA